AUGGCAUUGAUAGAACGAAUGAGCAUUCUUGGAAUUCGAAGUUUUGGACAGGAAACAUCCCAAAAAAUUGAAUUUUUUACACCUGUCACUUUGAUUCUUGGUCAGAAUGGAACGGGAAAAACGACUGUCAUCGAGUGUUUGAAAUAUUCAGCAACUGGAGAACUACCUCCUGGAUCGAAAACUGGGUGUUCAUUUAUCCAUGAUCCUAGAAUAGCACAAGAAAGUGAAGUGAAAGCCAAAGUCACUCUUCAAAUUCGUGAUGUUAAAGGUUGCCCUAUGGUUGUUUCACGAGCACUUAUGGCAACACAGCGUGAUAAAACAAAGCAAGGGACUUUAAAAACUCUGGAUGGAUCAAUAAAACGUCAGUACUCAGACGGACGUGUUACAAGUGUCAGCCUACGAUGUACUGACCUAGAUCAGGAAAUGGUUACAAGUUUGGGUGUAUCAAAAGCUGUCUUGGAAAAUGUUAUCUUUUGUCACCAAGAAGAUUCCAAUUGGCCUUUACAAGAAGCGAAAUCGGUAAAACAACGUUUCGACGAUUUGUUUGCUUCAUCACGUUAUGUGAAAGCACUGGAUGCCAUUCGGAAGUGUAAACAAGACAAUGAUGGCAAUGUUAAAUUAUAUAAAACUGAGUUGAAACAUUUAACCAAAAAUCGUGAUGAAGCUUUGAAACUUCGUUCUGAACGAGAAGAAACACUUCAUUCAAUUGAAAAACAGGAAAAAAAUCUAGAAGAAAUGUCUGCAAAGCUUCAACCUGUCGUUGAACAACUCAACCGUUAUAAAGAACGCUACGCAGAACUAACAAAACUACAAGCUGAAAUCAAGUCUUGUGAAGCUGAACGUGCUCAUUUAACAGACACAAUAAAUAAUUUAAUGUUAAACAUACAGAACGAGUAUCAAGGAAGUGAUGAAGAAUUAAAGCGUUUGAUUGAAGAUGCUGAGACAGAAUACGAAAAGAAAAUUUUUCUGUUGAAUCAAUCUGAAAAUAUAUUACAAAGAAAACGUAAAGAGUUAAAUACUUUGGAAACGAAUCAAACAAAAACUAUUGUUGAGAAAACACAAAUUGAAAUGGAGGUUAAGCGUUUGAAUGAAGCAAUAAUCAAUCGUGAUAUGAUCUUAGCCUCGAUCGUUACAAAUUACAUUCCCGGUGAUAAGUAUGCAGAUGUGAAACAAUUCACCGAUGAGGAUGUGGAGUAUAUUGUGCAGUUUGUUGAUGGAUUACUACAUGAAUAUGAAAAUCAAUUAACAGCAGUGAAGCUGCUAUCGGCUAAUGAAGAGAGGAAAGCUCAAACUGAUGUUGAUGUUGUUCGAGAUGAAUUGGCUGCUCUAAAACAAAAAAUACAAACUAUAAAACGUAAUUAUAAUCAACGAUCAUGUGAAAUGAUUAGUGUUGAAAAACGCUUAGAAAAUGAACAUUCAUUAAAUGAACGUAUUGAAAAAGUCAGAGAUCAAUUUCAUAAAUCUGAAAUCACCAUUCGAGAUUUAAAUGCGGAUCAUGAAUUGAACAACUUACAUCAAUCCAUAACAGAAUCGUUGGGAAAGAAAAAGGAACUGGAGCAUACAAUCAGUUUACUAGAUGAAAAAAUUGCGACAUUUCAAAAAAGUGCCAGUAAGUAUCGUGAGUUAGAACUCAUGCAGAAAGAACGAGCGAAUAAACUUGAAGGGAUUCGCAAAAUACGAAGUCGUCAUGCUGAAGCAUUGGAACAAGUUUUCGCUGGCUCUGUGAUUCCUUUUGUAGCUACAGAAAAGUCACUUGAAGAACAAGCGAAUCCUAAUAAUAUUCGAUCGUUUAUUAAUGAUCAAACACGUUUAAAGGUUGUAUUCUCUAAACGACUUGAUGGAUUGGAACAGUCAACUAGAGAGACAAGAAAACAGUUGGCUAAAAUUGAGCAAGAGCGCUCAUCGCUUGAAGCUACUUCUAAAUUUACCAGAAAUCAUCUACAAGAAAAACGAGAUCAACUGAAAAUAUUAGAAGGAAAGCUUUUAUCUGUACCUGGAGCAGAUGAUCUGGAACAAACUCUUAUUAAUCUUCAAGAUAGACGUGGCUCUUUAGAGGAAGAAUAUGCAAACGAACAAGGAAGUGUAUUUUUGUGGUGUAAAUUUCGUGAUCGAUUGUCUCGUGUAAAUUCUGAUUGUCCAGUAUGUCAUCGAUGCUUUGACAGUGAUGCAGAACGUGAUGAAUUAUUAAAUGAAAUUGAUAACCGAAUAAAAACGUUGCCUUCUGAAUUUGAACGUAAAAAACAAGAAUUGAAAGAAAUAGUUUCACGUCUUGAAUCAUUGGUUGAGUUACGUCCCAUAAGUUUAGAGAUCAAAAAUUUACAUGAGGAAAUAAUUCCUGCUCUAGAGUUGAAAAUUAAAGCUGAAUUAGAUAAACUUACUGAUGUACGCAGUCAACGAGAUAAGACAAGUGCUCUACUUGAAACAUAUCAAGCAGAUGAAUCUUUAGCAAAAACAGUACAAGGUGAUUUGGCAAUAUUAGAACGCUUAGAAAAUGAAUCUUAUGAAUUAACAGUUAAAAUUAAUCAAUUCAAAUAUGAAUUUACAGAUAUCACAACCGAUUCUCAAUUAAUUGAUGGGUUGCAAGAGGAAAGAAAGUCGUUACGUGAGUCAUUACUAACAAUUUCUGAAACUAUUGAGGAGAAACAAAAGCGUGUUGAUCAGUUGAAUCAGGCUCAACGUGAAGCGGUCAGUGAAAUGCAUAGACUUAAAGAUCAAAUGCAUAAGUUGCAGCAAGAGAAUUUAGAUAAUGUUCAACUGAAGAAUGAUCUUUCUCGUUUAACUCGUGACUGUGAAAUUUUGAAAAAAGAACUAUCUGAAUUAGAAUCUGAGCAACUUCCAGCUGUUCAUCGUCGAUGGACUGAAGCAUGCGAUGAACGCAGUCGUAUUACUAAGAUCCGUGAAGAAAAUAUUGAACAAGCUACUACAAAGGUUAAUGAAAUUGGUGAAAAACUGAAGAAGCUGACUGACGCAUGUACUUCGGUCAAAUUUCCAUUCGAUUCUCAACCCUUAGAACGAUUGAAGGUGAUUCUUGAAACUGUAGAAGAACUUCAAAAGAACUUAUCUCUUGUCAAAUCUGAGGCUGACACCUGUAGUCAAAAUAUCGAACUCUUAAAAAAACAAAUCAACGAACAUAAAAUGCGUCAGCGAGAAUUGGCGGAUUGUGUCCAAGUUCGUCAACUACGUUGUCAACUUAACUUUCUCACAGAACGAACAGAAUCCCUUGCCAAAAAUCAAAUGAUUUGUGAUAAUAUUCCUUUAUCAGAUCAGGAUUUAAUUAACGAAACUAAACGUUUAUCAUUAGAAGAGGAAAAACUUCAUUCACUUAAACAAGACAUAUCCAAUCAACUAAGUGAAUUAAACGCAAAACUCUGUUAUCUUAAUCGUGAUUUGAAUGAAAAAUAUACCAACGCUGACAGUGAAUAUCGUGAUAUGAUGUAUCAGCUUAAAACUUCAGAAUUAGCUUGUUCGGAUUUGGAACGGUAUUAUAAAGCUUUAGAUAGAGCGAUAAUGUCUUAUCAUGCUGUUAAAAUGGCUGAUCUAAAUAAAAUUAUCCGAGAAUUAUGGCGCAGUACAUACCGUGGCAAUGAUAUCGAUUACAUUGAGAUAUGUAGCGAAGAAGAUACAGCUGCUGCUUUGAAUGUUUGCAGAACGCGAAGAACUUAUAAUUACCGUGUGGUUAUGGUGAAGACAACAACAGGAAGCAUGUCAGUUUCUCGGCCGAAGUCAAAAAACAACACUUCAUGCAAUAACGAAGCCCGUUUAGAUAUGCGUGGACGAUGUUCAGCUGGGCAAAAAGUUCUAGCCAGUUUAAUCAUCCGUUUAGCACUGGCUGAAGUAUUUUGCCUACAUUGUGGAGUACUUGCUCUUGAUGAACCAACGACAAACCUCGACCGAGAAAAUAUUGAAAGUUUAGCUUAUGCUCUGGUAGAAAUUAUAAAAAACAGGAGCCGUCAGAAAAACUUUCAGUUAAUCGUUAUCACACAUGAUGAAGAUUUCGUCGAAUUACUUGGUAGAUCAGACUACGUGGAAAACUUUUUCCUAUUAUCACGUGAUGCACAAGGUUUAUCAGAAAUUAGAAAAGUCCCUAUUGGAGAACAUUUUCAUUAA